AUGCCGCGGGUGACAAACACCAGCGACCACACAGGAAGCGAGGAUAUUAAAAAGAAGCCUGUGAUCCAAAUCUCCUUUCCAAGGGAUGAAUUUUUAAGAGAUGCUUGGAUACAAGCAUCCCGACGCUCAGACAAGAUUAAUUCAGAUCAUGCCGUGAUUUAUUCUGUACAUUUCUGCAAAGAAGAUAUUGCUGAAGACAUGAAGUCACGUCUCCUUGGUAUAGAAAGACCCAAGAAUCAACGGAUAUUGAAGAAGGAUGCAGUUCCAUCUCUUUCUCUGCCCAAAGAUACUUGUUCGGCAGAACCGUCUAGGAGGUCUAUGAAUUAUGAACGACGUGAAAUGAAGAAAACUAUUCAACGUUUGAUUAGCGUCGGUGAAGAGGAAUUGCAUAACUGCGAUAGACCUACCACUUCCAAAGGAAGAGACAAUCCAGUUAUUCCCAGUGAGGAAGUGCAGACUGCAUUAGACAUCCAGACACCUGAAAUGGUCACGAAGGAACAGUUUUUGAAGGUCAAGAUGGAUAUGCAAAGAGGAGAUACUGGAAUUGAGGAGGCCAUUGCAAGAAGCAAGGGAACAUAA